AGGUAAGAAAGAAAGGAAGGAGAGAGUAGAGUACCAAUACCAACAACAACUGCAACAAACAGAACAGCAACAUCCCAUUCAUUUUUAUCUCUUUCUUUUUCUUUCUUUGCCUUGCCUUUAUUUUUUAUCAUCAUCAGCAUCAUCAUCAUCAUCAGCCAGGCAGACCCAUAAUCUUCAAUGCCUACUCACCUUCUCUCUCUCUCUCUCUCUCUCUCUCUAUCUAGAACCCUCUCUGUCUUUCUCUCACAUCAUCACAGAGAAAAACGCACAUCCAAAGAAACCCUUCCCCAUCAAAAACAAAGAAGAGUCCACACCACACCCAACCCAACCUCUCUCUCUCUCUCUCUCUCUAUCUCUAACUUCAAUGGCCCAGCUGGACCAAAAUUUAUGUAGAAGAAAGAAAAACAAAAAAGAAGGAGAGAAAGAAAGAGAGAAAAGAAAGAGAUGAUAGAUGUCUUCAAAUGUCCUCCAACCAAACCCACCACACCAGCCAGCUCUCUCCCCCCAUAAAACUAACAACAACAACAUCAUGUUUGCCAGAAAUGCCCUUCUGCAACCCCCCAAAAAAUCCCAUCUUCUUCAUCACUGUCUUUCACAACAAGAUUAUAUAUUUUUCACCGAGUUAUGUGGGACUCUUUUGGGUUUUUUCUUGUUGUCUUGGUCAGAGUUUCACAGAGAAAACAGGAAAGCAAGAAAUUUCUCCUCCCUUACUUCUCCCUGCCCUUUAUUAUUUUCUUCCCUUCCUUGUCCUUCUUGUUUCUCUCUGCCCUCUUUCCUCUCCUUUUAUUAUUUCCUUCCUCUCCUUUUCAUCACCCAUUUCCUUGUGUCUCCCACCCUUUCUCUCUCUCCCCACAUAAUUCUUCGUUUUUGGCUUCUGGGUUUUCUCUGAAACUCUCUCUCUCUCUCUGAUCCAUCUGAUGAAGAAGAUGAAAGGGGUUGUUGCUGUGGAGCCUUCUUCUUAUGCUCUGUAUCAGGAUUCAAAGGCCAGGUUUAAGCAUCAGAGUCUUAUGCAAGACUAUGAGGAGCUGCAGAAGGAAGCAGAGGCCAUGAAGAACAGAUUGGAGAUGAUGAAACAGAAAAAGUCUAUCCUUACAGCUGAAGUCAGAUUUUUGAGGAGAAGAUACAAGUACUUGAUUGGGAAGCAGUCCAUGAACCCCAAACCGAAGCAAGACCUUGUGCAAACACACAAUUUGAAAAUCCAGCGAACCGAUGUUUUGAAGGGAAAGAAUUACAGUAAGAAGGAAUCUGCUUUGAGACAUCCUGCUCCCGCUAUGGACUUGAACCAAAGGGUACGGAUUAAAAAUGCAAUGGAAGUCGCCUUGCAAAAAUCUACUCCAAAUUCUGACUUGAACCAUAAGGCAAGGACUGUCAGCCGGAAGGAAACUACUCUGCAUAACUCAAAUCCAGUUAUUGACUUAAACCAGAAGGAAAAGAUUCAGAGUGGGAAGGAAUCAACCAAGCGAAAAAACACUCCAGUUUUUGACUUGAACCAAGUUUCGCUUGAGGAAGAGGAGGAAAUUCAAGCUGAUUGUGAGCCAUUGAGGACAGACGAGCCAAACAAAAGUAUACUUAGAGGGGGUAUUGAUGAGCAGCACAAUGAUAUUAAGUUACUGGUCUGCAGGACUAUCGGGAAUGGGUCGAACCGAUCAGGGAAGAGGAAGAUUAGUUGGCAAGAUCCGGUUGCCUUAAGGGUUUGAUUACUUUCUUCUUGGAGAAUUAGUACAUUGAGAAGAUCAUAUAGGGUUGAAAGUUUGCCUAGCCUUGGCAAGCUAAAGUUUAACUACUACUCUUGUUUGAUUUCUAGUUUCUUGCUCUUUUUAGUUUUACCUUUCUUCGCUGUAAAGUAAACAUAGUUAACACAUGAUGAGUAUAUAUAGAUGAAAUGGUGAAAUUGUUUCUUAGGACUCAGAGCUUUGUACAUUGUUUA